AUGGAUCCUCCCUCAGCACCCAACCCGGCAGGCGAUGCAGGAGUACUACCCCAUUUCAACAGCCUCAGCAUUCAGGACGCACCAUCACCACCAACCAAUGACACCGAUCUCGAUGUUUUGACCAUGUCACGAGAAACCGCCAUGAAAUUAAUCGCCCGCUCGAUAAUCGCCAUAGCCAAUGCAGCCGGCGACGUACCAGCAACACCGCCACUCUCACGGCCUGGAACGCCUGGAGGAAGGGAAAACCAUCUCAUUCGAUCACAUCGGCGGACAGCAUCCAGGCCAGCGACGCCUAUACCCGCUGAAAAAGAGAAUCAUCAACCCACCGAACUAGCUCCACCCGAAGCGGGUCACGAUGAGCCCGUCACUAUACACGACAUUGGCGCCGGAGCGCAGCCCGAGUCCGUGCAACGAGCCAACAUGGCUCGAAAGUUUUUCUCCAAGACAGUGCCUAAAGUCGGUGUUGAGGAGUACAUGAACCGCAUCCAGAGAUUUUGCCCCUUAUCUACUGCUGUUUGGCUGGCUGCUGGAUCGUACAUGCUGCGAUUAUGCGUUAUCGAUAGGAGCGUUCCUCUCACAUACCGCACAAUGCAUCGCCUCAUCCUGGCGUGCGCUCUCGUCGCAAUGAAGGCACUAGAGGACCACCGAUGGCCUCAAAAACGAUUCGCUGCAGUAGGAGGUGUUGACGAGGCGGCGCUUAGCCGAUUGGAGCUGUGUGUGGAGUUUUUGCUGUCGUUCGAUGUCCAAAUCUUCACACCGGAGAAGCUGAAGGAUUUGACGCUUCAACUGCAAAAGGCGGGACAGGCAGCGACCAUGACAUGCAGAUUACCGACGUCAUUCAACCUAAAGCUGAAUAGCCCAAAGAUAAGGAAUGCACAGGCUGUUUGA